AACCGGCUUGUUGAUAGUGUGAGACCGCGUUGACGUACGUUACGGUUGAAUCUACGUUGUUGUUGCGACGGACUUGGAACACUGUUAGUGACGCGUUGUGAUGAUGACGUAUGUGGUGAUAUAUCGGUGGUGAAACUAGGGCAAACGGAUUUAUGUGCAAGUGUGACUUUUUGGACUACAGCGAGAAUUCCACCGGCCGUCGUUCCUUGCCUCCGGUCCACCCUGCCACCACCAUCGACCAGCACAACGGAGGAACCGUCGCCGUUGACGCGACGCGUUCGAUGAUGCUGUCCGCGGCGGCGGCUGCCGGGCUGUACGCCUCGGUCGCCGCCACCGGGGGCGGUCACACCACCCACCACCAUCCACCUCCCUCCUCGGCUCCCCACCACCCCCACCAAACGCAGAUGCCGACUGUUGUCACUGCGGGGGCGGGCACCCCUCCGUACAGCCCCCCGCCAUCCAGCGCCGUCGUCGGAGGCGGUCACGCGGGGCAGCAUCACAGGCACAGCCCGCAGCUGCCUAGUUUCGGGUUCACGCAGGAACAGGUCGCGUGCGUGUGCGAGGUUCUACAACAAGCUGGUAACGUAGAGCGGUUAGGCAGAUUCCUGUGGUCACUACCAGCAUGUGAUAAACUACACAACAACGAAAGUGUUUUGAAAGCCAAAGCAAUAGUAGCGUUCCAUAAAGGAAAUUUUAAGGAACUGUACAAAAUAUUAGAAGGCCACAAUUUCAGCAAUCACAAUCAUUCGAAAAUGCAACAACUUUGGACGAUGGCACAUUAUAUCGAGGCUGAAAGACUCAGAGGUAGGCCGUUAGGCGCAGUCGGCAAAUACCGAGUCCGCAAGAAAUUCCCCCUCCCCAGGACAAUCUGGGACGGCGAGGAGACCAGCUACUGUUUCAAGGAUAAGUCCAGGACGAUCUUGCGCGAAUGGUACAGUCACAACCCGUAUCCCAGUCCGAGGGAGAAGAAGGAGCUGUCCGAAGCGACUGGCUUGACCACCACGCAAGUGUCAAAUUGGUUCAAAAACCGGAGGCAGCGAGAUAGGGCUGCUGAACACAAAGACAACGCUCAACCGAACUCGGACAAGCCCGGUUCCCACCACCUAGACAGCUGUUCGGGCUCAGACAGCGAAGCGGAGCCGCAUCACAAGCUCCAGUCGUUUGCUCCGCCCCCUUCCAGCGCAACAGCGGCUGCGAUGCAUCACGUGACCGGCCAGCUCCACCCUUAUCAGCCAAUGGGUGGUGCUGCAGGGGCGGGACCUCCCCACCAGUCGCCGUACGGAUGCCAAGUGUAUCAACCAGCGGCGGCCGAUAUAUUGCAUGACUACCAGACUUUGUGACAGUGGUUUGGGGGGCAGCAGACGCCCGAACAGGGUAGUGGACUGUGAAUGGGACAGAUUUGAGGUUAUUGAUGAAAAGGGCGAGCAACAUAUCUCGGUCUAUGAAGAAUCCUACUUGGAAAAAGUUUAAAAUUCGUUUGAUUUGAAAUAAGGUCAUAUCAAAAGUAGGUAUAACAAGAGUUGCGUGAUAAAAUUUUCCUACAGCGUCAUUUAUGAACAGUUUGAAACUAAGCACGCUAUUUUCAAUGAAACCUCGACACAUGUUAAUGAUAAAAUACAUUUGUAAUCACGUCUACGUGAUGCACAAAAGUACACAAAGCUUUAUACAAGACACUACCCAUUUUAUUAUUUUUUUUAAUUUGGAACUAUAAAUGCUCGUUCAUUAAUUGAUUUUAUACAAGUUGGAUUCACGUUUUAAUGAUUUCGGUCGAAAAUUAUAUAAUGAUAUAUAUAAUAAUGUAUGCAAAUAUGUUGCUCACAGCAGAGCAAGCCCUUAAAUCAAAGCCAGAGGCUGGUGAUUGGUUUCAUCCAGAUGAUAGGAGGUUCGCCUUACAAUAAAAUACCCCGCAGCGAAGCUUUAUGGGUAAUAGCUUUAGGAUGGUUUUUUCUAAAUUUAAUAUGCUGUAGUUUGCGCGAGACAGUGAGCCAAGCUGGGAAAUCCUCUAUUCCAGCGUAUUGCGGGUUGGAAUUCGAAUAGUAGAUAUUUACUUACCUUCUUAUCAUCAUUUGCACUAGCCGUUUUAUCAACCUUGCAAUUCUAUCACAUGUACCCAAUCUUGCAUGGAUGGAUUAUUGCUCCAAGAUACAAACUUUUAAAAAUUUAAAUUGGUCAUCAUUAUAUACGAGUACUUCAUCGUCCCUUUGGAAAUACGUAGAUAUCAAAAAUGUCCUGGAUUAAUAAGAGUGUGUGCUGCUAGUGAGCUGGAUAUCAUAGUUGUUUAUAAAGAUAACCAUAUAUUCUAAUUACAUAUUUGGAAAGAAUUGAAUACCGUUUUGAUGAAUUUUUUGAGAUGUUACAUAUUUUGCCUAAAAAUAUGUGUACUAGUAUCUCAACUACUUCAAUAGAUAAAGUAACAAACCAUUUUUAAACAGAUUCGCCUAAUUUCGUCACAUAAAAACACUUGCCUAACUUAGAAAUUAACAUUUUUAAGGAACAACGAAUUGUUUUUAAUAAAUUUACCUAUGUAAUUAAUGAAUCGAGCAAUUCAAAGAAUGAGUAAAUCAUAUGUAGCAGCUGCAGACUCCAAUAUCCAAAUAAUAAUAAAGCUACAGGUACUAUCAAGAAACCAAUUUUACUAUGCACGUUAUCACUCGAACACCCUGUGUAUAAUCCUACUUUGGGAAUGUAGUCGCCAGGCCCGACGAGAGGGGGUUUAGGGAACUUUUCCCGCGAAGCCCGGAGUUCUCAGAGGGGCCCCAUGCCGCAUGCGUAUCAUGUAAAAAACCUAUAAGAUGGCAUCUUGCAAACUAGGUACUUUUUAGGGCGCAAACAGUCAUUCCACGUUUGCUCGCCAGGAUCGCUGUGAACGUCCAUCUAAGGAGGAAUCACUCAACUAAACUACACGCAUUAUUGGUUGCAUAUGUUUUGUGAGGGCAAAUGGUCCUUGUCUGUAGUUUUUAUUUUUGAGAAGAAAGUUGGUUGAAUAGUAAGAUCGCAUCUGGAUGAUUAUGUGUAUUGGUCUGCAUGUGUAGAAAAUCAGUGAUAUUUGCUGUGUGAGAAAAUCAUUACUGAAUAUGCUGCCAAUGAAGUACGAGUAUAUCUAUUGGCUGUGCCCGACGGGUUAUUUUUAUGUUGUGCUUUCUGAAGACAGGUUAAGUUCAAAGUUAUAAAUUACGAAAAACUGAGGAGAAUUACGGGAAAUCAUCACUGCGCCCGCGUUGUGUGUAAUUACUGUUAGCAUGUAUAUGGUUUGUAAUUCGACAGUGUACAGUGAAUUUAAUUAUUUCUUAUCUCUCUCAUUUUUGAAAUUUAGCAAAUUUGUAUAUGUAAUUUCCAGAAUGGAUAAGAAAAAGUGGAUGCGCAACUAAUUUCUAGCUUUGAAUCUCAAUUAACUGUAUUUGAGACAAGAAUUCAAUGUAGGUAUCAUCAACACAUACAACAUACAGCUUAGACCUCCAGUAAUGCCAUCUCAGAAGCAUAUUUUACAUUACAUCAGAGCCAAAUAUUGAUAACAAGCCUCAUGACGUUUAGGCAACACGUACAACUAAGUGCUAAGUUAACAUCUUAUAUAAAAACCUACAUAAUGUCAAAAAAAGAUCGGCAUAAUGUCACUUUUCAAAAUACGUGAUAGGUAUUAGGUACCCGUGCCGGUGUCAGUGGCGGAUCCAGGGGGAGACUGCCGCAGCGGAGUUCUGCCACUGGAAAAAGAAAAAUACGCAGAAAAUUCAUCAAUAUUGUUUUGUGCUCCCCACGCUAUUCCAUUGUCACAAGGGCAGGUGCUCUUAAAAUCACUGAUGCAGCCGCUGCCUUCCCCCCCCCCUCCUACAAUUUUUAAUCGCCGACACCCCUCGCUCCACCACCCUCCCAAAAAUUUCUCUUUGGAUCUGCCCUUGCGCCAAACCUGAGCACAUUGCAGAAAAGGCCGGCAAGGCUGGCAUCCUCACAAAGACGCUACAGGAUAAUGCUGGACAGUUAUGGAAGAAGCUUGUGUCUAUGAGCAAUGCUUCAUCUUGGGGUACAAUUGUGAUUCUUAUAAACCGCCUAGUAGGGGUGAUUAAAAUUUAAAUAAAAAUAUAAAACAAUUAUUACAAUAUUCUAUGCGGAAACCCAUGAUACGCUGCUCAGUUUGGAGACACUGUAUCUUGGAAAUUACUCAUGUAAGAAGUUUGGGCCCAUCCCAUGGACGCUUGUGUUCUGGUUGUUGACAUCUACGAUACCUGGUCUAAAUUAGAAAAGUCUUCCGAAAGCCAUUUCCCAUAAGGUUUCUACGUGUUUUUUGCGGAACAUAUUGCACAACAUUCUCCUGAAACCUGUGCCUGUAAGCUAUUUUUAUGGACUUGGGAAGGUAAUACGCCGAAGUGUCAUAUCCUCGAAAUUUUAUGAGCAUCUAGUCGAUUUAUUGUAAUUUUUUUAAUUUCUUGAGAUGCUCCAAAAACAUAACAAAAUGUCUUCCUGAAACUAAUCACCAUUUAUUUGGCACACGAUUAUUAUUGUAUAGCCCAUAAAAUAAUAAUUUAGAUGUGACGGACUGACAAAGUUUGGGUCUCUGGAAUUAAAAGGCAAUCCCCGCAUGUUAGCUUCCUAUUCUUUUUUCAAUAAUAUUUUGUUAAUAUUGUCUUUUUAAAAUCAAUUAUUGACUGAAAUACCUUCAAAAAUAUGGUGUUUUGCCCAAUUUCAAUGACCCAAACUUUAUGAAAGCUUGGUUGCUCACAUGAGAAUUAUACGAAUUUGAGGGAAAUGCAUUCAAAUCAUGUCGGAUUUACUCAGUAAUAAAAAAACACAGUGUUAAUUAACGCAUCAAUUUUGCGACUUAGAUAAUCAAUCGUUUGGACUUCAUCACUGUUAACCUUCAUUUACACUGCCAAAAGGAGUGUUCAAAGAACAGAAAAGAAAAACAUGCUUAGAAAGUCAUCCACACGUAGCAAUUAACAGGGAUGUAGGUAUCUUUGUUCUAUACUUAAGCGUUGCUCAAAGUACGCACAUUUCGAAUGUAUUUCCCGGUUAUAUCCAUAUGUACCUAUGUAAAAUAGUAAUCUGUUAGAUAUCCUACAAUAUUUAUUUUAUCUUAAAGAUACCCCUGAUGGUUAUAUAAUUUUGUAAGCCAAUGUAGAUUAUUUAUACGUUGCCCCAGUACAGUUUUAAACAAAACUAUGCUUAUAUAUUUUGGUCAACGUGCCAUCUACACUUAAUUUCUACCUUGAUAAAACAAGACAUUUAUAUUUAUACUGCCUUUCCCUUCAAUGACGUUUCCAAAGCAAUUCUGUUAUCAGUUGUAUUAUAUUGUAUUAUAACGUCUGAGCUUAUAUCUGUAUAUAGUUCUGCACAAAUCCGUUGUCACGUUGUAUGAGCAAUAAUUUGUUAAUGCUUUAAUGAAUAAAAUAUUUUUACAGUGUUCUGUACAUCAAUUAUUAUUAUCGUGUAUAAAAUAAUCACAGCAUACGUACUUAAAGAUAAUCAAGCACAUAAAUGUACUUACAGGAAAUGUUUUUGUUGUAAUAAAAUAUUUGAAAAUUG